CAAGGAUCUGGUCAGUUCCAGAGAUUAAAAGUCGAAGAUGCUCUUUCUUACUUAGAUCAGGUGAAGCUACGGUUUGGAAAGCAGCCUCAAGUUUACAAUGACUUCUUGGACAUUAUGAAGGAGUUCAAGUCUCAGUCCAUAGAUACCCCAGGAGUCAUAGCCAGAGUGUCGCAGCUUUUCCGUGGUCAUCCAGAGCUCAUUGUCGGCUUCAACACCUUCUUACCGCCCGGCUACAAAAUUGAGGUGCAAGGGAAUGAGCAGGUGAAGGUAAGUGUUAGCGUUCCAGGACAACAGACAACGGUGGUUCAUACCCCUCAAGGUAUCCGUCAUCACAUCACCCCAACACACCAUCCACCGCCACCGCCACCACAGCCUGUUACGGUCAAGCCCCCUCAUCAUCCACAGCCUCCAAGAUCAGCGUUGACAUCUGGUGGCGUAACACCACACACAGGACCAAGUUUAGUUGGCACUCACAGUGUUCACAGUGUAGCAGGGUGUUGGAGCUAAUAGUGGUAACACUGGGGGAGGAACAGCCAGUGUCAGUCAGGUAGCAAGCAGUGUUAGUGUUGGCAGCAGCACCCCCACAGGCACGAACUCCGGUAGCAGCUCUAAUGCCACCAGCAGCUCUGCAGGGGGUGCACAGCACUUGUGGAGUUCAACCAUGCCAUUAAUUAUGUGAAUAAGAUUAAGUUGCGGUUUCAAGGCCAGCCUGACAUCUACAAGCAGUUCCUAGAGAUCCUUCACACCUAUCAGAAGGAGCAGAGACACAUUAAGGAUGGAGGAUCAAUUCCUGCCAGAACUCUUACCGAGACGGAGGUCUAUGAGAAGGUUGCAAAGUUAUUUGAGAACCAAGAAGAUUUACUGCAAGAGUUCGGCCAGUUCCUACCGGAUGCAACCAAUAACUCAGCUGCCCAAGCGGCUGUGUCUGACUUUAUGGACCAGUAUCGCACUCAUCAUGGGAGUAAUAAAAAUGUAAGCAAUGAUCAUACCUCAGUGAAGAAACCAAACCUGAAAAGCAGCUGUGGUAUGGGAUCUGGAAACAACAUGGUCAGUGGGCCUGGCAACCCCCCCAACAAAACAUCACCAAUGUUUAGCCAUCAGCUAAAGAGACCUCACCCAGGACCAACACAGAGCCACUCCCAUGGCCAUGCACAUGCCCAGCCACCUGUUAAGAAACCCAAAUUGGGAUAUCUCAAAGAUAUGAGUGCUGCAGAAGCUGGAAAACAUGCCACUCUCGCCGAGUAUGCCUUCUUUGACAAGGUACGGAAAGCGUUACGUCACGAAGAGACGUAUCACAACUUCCUGAGGUGCAUCACUCUGUACAACGAGGAAAUCAUCACACGCGCUGAAUUGGUGCAGCUAGUCCACCCAUUCCUUGCAAAAUUCCCUGACCUGCUGAAGUGGUUCAAGGAUUUUGUAGGAUACCGUGAAGGAGCUCUAGGCAGCUCAGAUAUCAUCCCCUCAACUGUUGCCAAGCAGGAAAGGAUUAGUGGUGAUCUGGCAAUGGAGAUCGAUUACACAACAUGCAAGAGACUGGGAGCCUCAUAUUGUGCUCUGCCAAAGUCGUAUCCCCAGCCCAAGUGUUCAGGAAGAACAGGUCUCUGUAAAGAAGUUCUAAAUGAUACCUGGGUGUCCUUCCCCUCUUGGUCAGAGGAUUCCACCUUUGUUACCUCACGGAAAACUCAGUACGAAGAGUACAUUUACCGUUGUGAGGAUGAAAGAUUUGAGUUGGAUGUUGUGCUAGAGACCAAUUUGGCAACAAUGCGCGUGUUAGAGGGAGUGCACAAGAAGCUUCAGAGGAUGAGUCCGGAAGAGGCUGCAAGAUUUCGGUUAGAUGAUUCCCUUGGGGGUAACUCUCCAACAAUUCACCAGAGAGCCAUCAGGCGAAUAUAUGGUGACAAAGCUCCUGACAUUAUUGAUGGAUUGAAAAAGAAUCCAGUUGUUGCAGUGCCUUUGGUCUUGAGAAGAUUAAAAGCAAAGGAUGAAGAAUGGAGGGAAGCACAAAAAGGCUUUAACAAAAUUUGGAGAGAACAGAACGAGAAAUACUACCUAAAAUCACUUGAUCAUCAGGGUAUCACUUUCAAGCAGACGGACAUCAAGACAAUAAGAUCCAAAAGUCUCCUAAAUGACAUCGAAACUCUGUUUGAUGAGCGGCAUGAGCAGCAGGAGGACAGUGGUGAGGUGAUCACUGGCCCCCACAUGGUGCUCCACUAUACUGACAAGUCUAUCUUGGAUGAUGCAGCCAACUUGGUGAUCCACCAUGUGAAGAGACAAACCACUUACCAUAAGGAGGACAAGCUUAAGAUUAAGCAGAUAGUCAGACACUUUUUGCCAGACCUCUUGUUCCACACAAGGCAGGAAAUGUCUGAUGAUGAGAAGGACAUGGAAGGUGAUGGAAAGUGUGAAAAUACAGGCCGCCGAGAUCUGCGAGAACGAGAGUGCAAACAAACCUCUUCCACCUCAUGUGCCACCACUAACAAUAAUUCCAAUAAGAGAAAAAGUAGAAGUAGAGGGACAGAUCCAGAAAAAGAAGGAGACACGAAAAGUGUGAGAGAAAGUGGGGCAACAGAGGAUGAAAAAGUUAGCAUAAAGACAGAAGUAGAUGAUGAGAAACCAGACAUCAAGGAGGAGCCUGGGACCAACGGUAAUGGGAACCCUCAGUCGGAUGAUGAGUACAGAUUAUUCAUGUGCAACAACAACUGGUACCUGUUCCUCCGUUUACACCAAAUUCUCUGCUGCCGUCUUACCACCAUGUAUGAACAUGCAGUGCGAAUAGCUGCUGAAGAAGCUAAGGAUCGGAAAGACCGUAAAGAAGCUACUGCUGUUGCCCUCAGACUCAAACCCAAAAAUGAGAUUGCUGUUGAAGAUUACUACCCUGCCUUACUGGACAUGAUCAAGAAUGUCCUGGAUGGUAAUUUGGAACCAACAGCGUAUGAGGAUACUUUGAGGGAGAUGUUCGGAAUCCAUGCGUACACAGGCUUCACCAUGGAUAAAGUGGUUACUAGUGCUGUAAGGCAGUUACAACACCUGGUGUGUGAUGACCCCCCAGUCCAGUGCACCGCCAUGUACCUGAGCGAGGCAAAGAAAGGUGCUGCUGGCGGACCUUUAGCCUCUGCACACAGACGGCUGGCAGCAGAACAGGCCUAUCAAAAGAAGUCGGAGCGUUUAUUACAAGAUGAGAAUUGCUUCAAAAUUUACACUUACAAAAGAAAUUGUAGAAUGACAAUAGAACUAAUAGACACGGAGAUUGAAGAGGAGAAUGACAGUGGAGGCAGUGCAGGCUCAGCAGUUAGUCAUAACACCACAGUUCCUUCUUCUGCACACUCUGCAAUUCCACCUGCUGUUGCUGAAGUGGAAAGAUGGAGUGCCUAUGUUGAAAAAUAUGUUUCUUCCGUCGCACCUCAGAUGUCUCCUGCCAUGCAGGCCCAGCUGUCCAGAAAACCAGUAUUUCUCCCACGUAAUCUUAGAUCUUGGAGAAAACUGACAGCUGCAAGACAGACCAAUCAGGAAGUCGAAAAGGAUAGCUGUGCUGAAGAUGUAAAGCCUCCUGUGUGCCCUGAUAUGGAUAUUGUGGACAACACUCAGUGCAAGUUCAACCUCUCCUCCUUCAAAAUGGUAUUUGUAGUGAACAGUGAUUCCUACAUGUACAAGAAGCAAGCACUCAAGAGAGCAAAACAGAGUCAUGAACAUGUUAGUCGAAGGAUGCGUAGUGGCCUUGUUUCCUGGCACAGUGAUUGGUGCACAAGACAUGUAUCAGAAGCAGAUCAACGAGCUGCUACUGACUGGUUCCUGGGGCACACAGAUGGGUUGCGGCCAAAUUGCACGAGAGUAGUGCGCAUUGACGAUCCUUCCCGACCCCCAUUUGCACCCUACAACAAGUACAAGUGUGAACUGGAAGAGAGUGGUGGGUCAUAACAUGUGGUGUUCACCUCACCGCCUCACUCAGCCAUUGUAAGACUGAUUAAAAGGGCGGGCAGAAUGAGUGUCAGUGGAGGAUCAAAAUCCCACACUGUGAGCUGUGACUUUUAACUUUGCUCUAAGAGCAAAGGUGUGUGGACGUCACCUCAAAGUACAAGAUUGUAGCAGGGAUGGUGGUGUGGACCGCAAGUCGCAGCGCGGAGGCAAGGAGUGGUGUUGGGGUGGGAAGAGACAGAUUGAAUAAUACACUGUCUCAGGUUGCAAUGAAGUGUUGAGCAUGUGUUCUGUAUAUUAUGCAUCAUAAUGCAUCAGUUAUUAUGAGUGAUUCCUGUGGAAGUUGCAAGACUGGAGAAGACCAAAACAUUUCGAGUUACUGAUGCAG